AAAUAUAAAAAAAUCUAUUAUUUGUGCGCGAAGAGAGUAAUGGAUAAUGCAUCAAAUAUGGAGGCCAACGGUGAAUGGGUUCACCCAGCAGUUUUCUUUUCUAUUCAAACGAAAUGUUUUUCAGAACAAUAGAGACGUACUAAAAUGUUCCGAAAAUAUAACUACACCAAAAAACAGAAAACAAUUCUAUUUGGUGACAAUGUGUAACCUAGCGAAUGAUCAGAAUACUCCGUAUGAUGCGGAGGAAAGAAUAGUUCUACUAUUUUGUUAACACUUGCAGAUCGAACAUUCCUUGCAUUUGGAUAAUGUCUUUGUUACCUGCAUGAAGGGACAGUUGGGAAAUCACGUUAGACACGUUUAAGUCUAAAAUAGAAAAAGCGUGGACAGCUCAGAUAUUGCAAUAUGUGUAUAUGGCUUCACAAACCACUGCAUGUUACGCAAAGUUUUAAAAUUCCAAUUCCUUUUACAAUUGCUUAGGUACAGAAAAUCAAGAGUUAAGAUCCAAAAUGCAACCGUAUCCCUUGCACAUUCCUGGAAAAUUGAAAAAUUUUAUAUCACUAAAUAAUGACAUGUAAACUACCGCCAUGCUAUGCAUUUACUUGUGUUCCAGAUCUUUACCAUUACUGCCUUUGUUACCUGUCGAAUUCUGGCCUCUCAAGGCCCCACACAUACCUGUAUGCAAUAUUUCUAUGAUGCAGAUGUCAGCAACCGUACAAACACAAAGGAGCAUAAGGUGGAUGUAAACCAAUCAACAAUCAAAAAGUACAAAAUCUCAAGGUACCUGGUUGAUGUCAAUAUAGUAUCAAGAAACACACUCUAAACAAAGCAAUGCAAUUCAGUUGGAAACAGUUUCUGGGAGUGUUGCAUCUCCCAACUGUUCCAAAAAGUUGAAUUCUUCCCAAAAGUCUGACAUACUACAAAGCUCUUCAGGAAUCUGCAGACCCCAAACAUAAUAACUGCCUUACUCCCAUGACUUAUUCCCAUGACCAUCAAUAAUAAGGCUUUCCACAUACUCAUCUUUAUCUGCUCCAAUGAUUCCAAGCACUGCUGGCAGCAAAGUCCUUUCUGCAUAACCAGUCUAUUCAUAAGUUUAUGAGAUACCACUGAGUGCAGGGGCUACAUGCUCCUUCUAAGACACUGAUGGAUUUCAAAAUCUUGAGUUGAAAUUAAAGUAGCAUUCAACUUUACUAUGCACAUUUCUGGGGAAUUGAAGUUCUCUUCCAAUACUUCUAUUGCAACCUAUUUCUUCAGUGUUCCCCGGACCGCACAUUUAGGCUUCCUGUACCUGGUUAGGAUCUAGAGGUAUAUGUUGAAUUAUCUCCCUUUUCCCACCAUAAAUAAAGCAACACAUCUGGGAAAUAAUCCUGCAAAUUUACA